CUGAUCAGCAGCCAGGAAAGGAAAGUGUCUAUUUUUUUACAGCUCUAUUUAAUGAUGCUGGACCCCCCUCCUGUCAACACACACACACACACACACACACACACACACACAAUCAGUUUUUACACACACAUUGAGUCACUUAAGAUACCUCUCGGUGUAAGAUUUAUAGGCGUAGUGAUUGGCUUCAUCACCCCCCUCCACCAUUCUGCGGCACUGCCAUUUGCAAUGGUUGAUGAGCCCCUCCGCCCUCUCAAACAUGGCCGUCUAAGGGAUUGGGGGUGGGGGAAAGGAGUAAAAAGGAGGGUGGGUGGCGUAAGGCACGCUGUCUCGGAUCACUCCACCUCCUCCAUCAUCUGCUCAUGCUAUCCCUACACCGCUUUCAGCCGCCGCUGAAGGUCACUCUUCAAGCUUCCUCGUUCACGUUCUGAAGCCCGCUCCCCCAAAGCCUCUUCACCUAUGUCACUUUCCGCUAAAAAAAAGUGAGUGAAUGGGCUCCCAUACUUUAUAGUGCUGCGUCAAAAGAGGCGGAGUGGAGGAAGAGGAUUCAAUUUUUUUGGGCCCGGCAUCAGGGGGUGGGGACGUGACGCGGUGGAGGGAAGGAGGCCACCCAUUGGCCGAGCAAGGCGUCAGUCCUGCGCGCUGCUGCAGACGGACAGGCCACUCGAUGAAUAUGGAUGAGAGCAGUGAAAAGGGUGAUGCGGCAGGGAAGACCCCCCCCUUCCUUCAAACCGAUGCAGGCUUGAACAAUGCGUGCCGUCUUUCACUGAAAACACUGAGAGCCUGCAUUAGCAUUUUCUCAGACAAUUGAGGCUCUGGCCAGCUGCAGGCAUGGCUCGGAUGCUGCGGUGAAAUCUAUUUCUCCUGCACCCACUGAUGAAUUAGACCUCGGUGAAAAAAGUCGACCGGCCGCAUUCCUCAACACUACCACUGCACCUAUGCCGAGGCUAAUGUUAAGAUCCCCUUUAGAGAUUGUGCCCCGGCAUUGAUGGCGAUCUGACAGAGGACUUGAGCAGCAGCAGAUCUCAGAAUGGAGGAGGGCGAGUACUUCUUGAAGGUGCUGAUCCCCAGCUAUGCAGCCGGCUCUAUAAUUGGCAAGGGCGGCCAGACCAUCGUACAACUGCAGAAAGAGACGGGUGCCACCAUUAAGCUGUCCAAAUCCAAAGACUUCUACCCAGGAACAACAGAACGCGUCUGUCUGAUACAGGGUACAGUCGAAGCACUCAAUGGCGUCCACAACUUCAUCGCAGAGAAAGUCCGGGAGAUGCCCCAGAGCGCCCAGAAACCAGAACCAGUCAGCAUACUGCAGCCACAGACCACAGUCAACCCCGACCGAGUCAAACAGGCCAAAUUGAUCGUGCCCAAUAGCACUGCUGGGCUUAUCAUUGGAAAAGGCGGAGCCACAGUGAAAGCAGUGAUGGAGCAGUCAGGGGCGUGGGUGCAGCUCUCCCAGAAGCCAGAGGGCAUCAACCUGCAGGAGCGCGUGGUGACCAUCAGUGGGGAACCCGAACAGAACCGCAAAGCUGUGGAGAUCAUAGUACAAAAGAUACAGGAGGACCCUCAGAGCAGCAGCUGCCUCAACAUCAGCUACUCCAACGUCUCGGGCCCAGUGGCCAACUCCAACCCCACCGGCUCACCCUACGCUAACACGGCAGAGGUAAUGCCCAACGCCGCUGCAGCCGCCGCUACUGCCUCCAGCCUCCUGGGCCAGGCCGGCUUGACGGGAAUGGGGGCCUUCCCCGCCACCAUGUCCAGCUUCUCCGGCAACGACCUGUUGGCCAUCACCUCAGCUCUCAACACUCUGGCCAGCUACGGCUACAACACUAACACCCUGGGCCUCGGCCUCAACCCUGCAGCUGCAUCUGGGGUCCUCGCUGCAGUAGCAGCUAGUGCUAACCCAGCCGCUGCUGCUGCAGCUAACCUGCUGGCCUCUUAUGCUAGCGAUGCCUCCAGCGGUGCAGGCCACCCUGCAGCAGGCCUGGGGGGCUUCUCCCUGGGUUCUCUUGCAGCUGCGACAGGGGCUUCCAAUGGUUACCUAAAUGCUUCUUCCCCACUGAUGGCCUCCUCCCUGUUGGCGACAGAGAAGCUGGGAGACGGGGCCAAGGACGUGGUUGAGAUCGCUGUGCCCGAGAAUCUGGUCGGCGCCAUUUUAGGGAAAGGAGGGAAAACGCUGGUAGAGUACCAGGAGCUAACAGGAGCCCGCAUCCAGAUCUCCAAAAAGGGAGAGUUCAUUCCUGGUACUCGGAACCGUAAAGUUACCAUAACAGGGUCGCCAGCCGCUACGCAAGCAGCACAGUAUCUGAUCAGCCAGCGGAUCACCUACGAGCAGGGCGUGCGCGCUACCAACCCACAAAAGGUGGGCUAAAAAGAAAAAGAAGAGGAAAGGAUGAAGACAGAGAUAGAAGGGAAUCGAGAGGGUCACGAUGAAUUGAAAAAAAAAAAAGAAAAGUCCAAAUAUCUGUUCAAUAUUUCAGUAUCAAAUGAGAGAAUCACAAAGGAGGAGGUGGGGGAGACAACCAAGAUAAGUGUGUGUGAUAUGUGAAUGUGUUUUUAGGACUGAUGUCCUGAUGUUUUUUAAAAGUUUGUGUCGAGUCCUUUUGACGAUGGCGAUCAGAGUAAGCUGGACUGGUCCACUGCCAAGCUGCAGAUUCAAGGGUGAGGCCGCAGGGCUUCACCCGCCUCCAAAACCUCAUAGCUCUUUUGUUUUGUUUUUGAUCUGAUUGGGUUUUUCUUGGUUUUGAAUUUCAGUUUUGCAAAGCCUCGGCUCCCGGUGAGUUGAGCGUGUCAGAAAAAGUUCCAGCCUGCUGUUUCACAAACCUUUGCUCUUUUUGUACAAUGCAGAACGCAUUGUUAACAGCAGAGGUUUUACGACAAGCACCUGAGGUCACCUCAGUCCAUAAGGGAAGCAAUCUUGAGUAUAAUUUCUUGAGACAUCACGUCUAUGUUGACAUAUGUUGAAUUCUGGCUCAUAUCAUAAUUGACGUUUCUAAAUUUGGGUAUUUUAUACUUCCAUCCUUUAUUUAUUGACAUGGUCUCAUUUAAACACAAAUAGAUAAUUUAAACCUGUGAACGCAGGUUGAUCUGAAUGUAAAAACAAUAUUAGCCUAUUGCUAUUUUUUAUUUACAGGGAUCAAAUAUUGUGUUGCAGUGAACGAAUUGUAUAACUCUGUAAACCCAGUCUGAACUUGACUGUUGCUGUUCUGCAAGUAUAGUUCAGGGGUUAAAUAAUCAAUGUGAGAGGACAGAGGAGACACACAGGAAUGUAUACAUAUAUUUUACAUGAGAACAAACAUGCUCCCAGAAAAAAAAAAACACAAACACUGAAAACAUAUUUGCAUAUUCAGUUACAGCUACAAACACAAAUACGAUGUUGUUGAACCCUUUUCUUGGUGCUAUAGAAUUAGAUGUAAAUCUCCAUUCAAUCUGAAUCUGUCUGGCGACCUUCCUUUUUAUUUGAAGCGUCGUCCAGCCGUUAGUAGCCCGUUGAUUGUGACCCAGCCUCUCACCUAAUGAAGCGGAUUGAUUUCAGCAUCGCGAGAUGAAAAGCAAUCCAGUCUUAAUAUUUUAACUCCAAGUCCAGGUAACUUUUUUUUUUCUCCCUAAAAAUUGGCCGCACUCUAGAUUUUUUACCUGACGAUGAUUUUUGCCUUAUUCACACACUUUGAGAAUCACAAGAACUACAUCUAAAGCUACCUUGAAGCAGUGUCUCACCAGUUCAGUUUGCAAAAAGAACAAAGCACUACAAAAAGCAUUUUGAUAAGAGAAGCUGUAUGAACCAAUUUCUGUGAACAAAGAAACUAUUGCCUUUACAUUAAGGGUACCAAAUAGUCUAGAGACAAACUCUAAUGAAAGGGAAGUAGAAUGACACUUGAAAAGAAGGUUUGGACUCACUUUUUUUUUGUCUGUGAGCCAUCCUUCCCAAUUUGCAUCAAGACAAAGAAAAAAAAAAGUCUGCAGUUCAUCCAGGCAGCCUGUUAUCGCUCCCAAAACACGUUAACGCUCACUAACUUCGAGUCGGAGCACAUAAUAAAACAUUGUGAAAUGUUUUCGGCAUCGUUGUCUUUUAUGGGCAAUUGUUUGUCUAAUGCAGGGAGGCUAAUUGUCUCCAACAUUUCCAAACACUCUGAAGAUUACCUUGGCUUCCUUCUGUGCUGCUAUCCAUGGUGUUCAUCCUGAGUACACUGGGUCUCUGAAGACUGCACUGUGAGACAUUAAAAACACAACGUAAAGUGUCUGUCCCUGCCGGGGGAUGUGAGUAUAUUUUAAUGUGCACAUCUAUGUCACAUAACCCACCGAUACUGACAGAAGGGAUAAAUCUCCACAAGAGCAUUUAUACUCCCAGCAUCUUGUGAUGGUUUUGUUUUAUCACUUCCUCCAAUGCACUUGUGCCCAAAAAUUAGCAGACAUUUUCAGACCACAAAAUUUAUCCCUGCCAUUUUUCUGUGCACUUAUUACAUCGCAGAGACAUCUUUCAAUUGUCCUCCUUCAACCCAUGUUCUAAGAUUAGCUUCCUGAAUACAAGGCUGUGAGUGUUGCUGCUAGAGCUGCGUUAAUUAAUCAAUUCAUCAUAGGGAAGGAAUUUGAUUGCCUAAAUUGUUUACUUCCAUUUUUUCUUUUUCUAAAAGUGUCAAAUAUUUGCAGGUUCCAGCUUUCUUUGGGUUUAAACUCUCGGUGUUGAUGAUAGAAAACAAUUUGCAGACUUAGUUAAGCGCUCUGAGGAACUGGGAUCAGCAUCUUUUAAAUUUGCAUUCAAAGUGGUGAAUUGAUUUGUCCUGAAAAAAUAAUUUGCAGAUUGAUUUAUUAUAUCAAGAAAUGUUUUGAGCAGCUCUAGUUGUUGCAGCAAAGUGUCCAGGAAAAAAUCAGAGUCACUCCCUCUUCCUGUUGUUUUGGGGACAGAAUUGAAUGACUACCCUUUUCUCAUUCAUAAUUCAUAGUCGAAAAGAAACAACUCGUCGUGUGUGAACAUUAAAUCAUGGCAACACUGAAAUCUUUUCUUUCACUACGUGUCUGGAAGGCUUCACUGUCAUCCAUUAACUACAAUCUGGCCCAGCAUAAGAAAACCUUUUUACUGCCCAAAGUUUGAGCAUUAUAAUAAGAUACAAGCACAAAACCAGGGGGAUGUAUUACCAAUGCAACUGGACUGCUCGCCUGCAGAGAGCUCUCCGUCAAAAGCUCUCGAUCGCUACAUUGUGCCAAAUACUAUUUCUCUCUCCGCCCCUUCAUUAGCUUUCCUCUUUCUCUCGACAUUUUGAUUCCCCCUGUAUGUUGCUGUUUCUCAACCUUCUGUCUCUUAUCUCUGUCUGUGCUUCUUCUUCUUCUUCUUCUUCUACCUACACUGUGCUCUCCCCCUCUUUCUCCUUCCUCCUGUCUUGUCCUCUCAUGGGCAGUGUGCUGGGUGUGCUGUUGCUGCUGCUGCUGCUGGUUUGUGGUGGUGGGAGUUAUGCACUAUAGGUCAUGAGGGUAUAAAAAUGUUUUCCCAGGCCGUAGAGUUCACAAGGCUAAAUUGCACAGAAAACACCUGCCUCCAAAUACUGUGACACCCACAAGACCAGCCAGCAACAUUAGCUCAAAGUAUCAAAUUCCCUCUACACGAAGAACACUUAGAAGAGUUUAGACCGUGAACUAUGGCCUUUUUUUCAUUCCAGAAGAAGAAGGCAAAUCUUGGUUGAAUAAAUAUUCAUGUGUCAGCUGAACAAACUGAGCUCGAGUUUCAGCCUCUAAACGAAGCAUAGUAAGGAAAAGAACGCAUACGAUAGCAAGAAGUAAGGUGGGAACUUGUUUGUGACCUCAAGCCGAAACAAUGACAUCCUUUAUGCAUAUCCUCUUAUCUGAAAAAUGACUAGAUUCAUUUCUGUGGAAUACAAUAUGUCAUGUCAUAUGAUCUAUAUGUACUUUAUUGUAGCUAUUCUAGUUUGUAGUCCAAAUGCAGUCCAGCGUUGUCGAUACAAUGUGAACUAUGUUAUAUUUGUGUGGAUGAUGAGAGUGCCAACUAAGCCUGAUUAAGAUUAGCUUCGCGAUUUGUUUGUGCAUUAUGAUGACUCAUCAUCAGCCGGUGGUGUCCAUAUUUCUGUCAUUGAUGAUUUAGUUUGACAGUAAGAAAAUGUAAAGAAUAUUGGAAGCAAUAUAGUAGCAUGUUGUCCUGUUUUGUGUUUUAUGUCUGUUGUAUGAACCUUUGAAAUUACUAAGAUUUUGAAUGAAUAGGUUUACAUGUACUUUUUGUAAGUUAUGAAAAUGCUGCUAUUUGAUAAGUAAACUAUACAAAAAUAUUUUAGUUGAAAAGAUGUCUGGUCUGUUGAUUAGAGAUGUGCUCCGAAAGGCCGGAGCAUACGACGAGGUGUAUAGAAAUACUAUACAGUAUUGGUAAGAUAGUAAAAGUAAUAAUAGACUCCAUAGUACAACCUGUGCCAAACUAGACCUCCGCAGCUUCUGAAAUUGUAGAUGUGCGAUCAAAUGUUAGAUAUCAAUAACUUGUUUAGAAGUGCUGAUCAAGUGCCAAUCAAACACUGUCUUUUAAGUUAAGAAAAGAUAAUCAAAUACAUGACUUAAGAAAAACAAAGGACAAAGAACUUUUUGUGCAUUGUUUUAUCCCAUAGGUACAUAGAGUAAGAGUUAAAGAUUGUGAUUUUUAUGGAUCCAUGUUGUUUUACACUCCAUGCAUCCCUUGUGUGUUUGUUUGACCUGUGGCUUAAAGUACUGCUGUCUCACAAAUGUCUCUCUAUAGGCCAGCAUGGACUAAAGCAUAACAUGUUAUAAGCAUUCAUAACAUACCAUUAACAAUCAAAAAUGUGUUUGUGGAGUUAGGUGUUAUCUUUUUGCACGUCUUCUAUUGCAUGGUAUCAAACGUUUAAAAAAAAUAAAAUAUGGAGGAAAAAAAUAAAAUAACAAAAACUUUUGCGAGGGUGUCUCGCAACAUUCAAAGACAUUACGCUGCAUGCAGUCAAAUGUAAAAGCACUUAAGUUUACUCGCCUCAUGUUGGGAAAAAAAAAAGAGUUGUUUUUUUAUGUCGUGAGUUGGGAGGGAGAUCAUUAUUGUCAUGUUGGCCCAAAACACACACACCCACACACACACACGCACACACACAUAUACACACACAGAUCAAAUUGUCAUCUUCACGUCAUCACAGAUGUUUUGAUUUUUAGGUACAGUGAGGAGUAUUACAAAUGUGAAACAAGCAAACGUGAAAAUGUUACUCAGUGCAUUGGCUCUUUGUGUUUUUUUU